CCUGGACUGCCCUCAGAAGCGGGGAGCUCCAUGGACGGGAGUCGCGCGCCAUGGGCUUCCUCGUCUCCGGUGUCCCUCGUCGCGGGCUUGACGUCGCGUGUGCUCUCCGCCUCACCUUUGCCAACUAUUCCGCCCGGCAGCAUCCAAGAAGAGCAUCGGCAGCAGCUCCUCGAGCGGUUGAGCGGGUCAGGUUCUGUUCAACAGCCGUCGAGCCCCCCAGUGCUGCCGUUCAGGCCCUGCUGGAGCUGGAGCCUUGCGGGCGCGACCUGCCGCUGCCCCGCCACCCCCGGCGCCUGCGACUAGCCCCAGUGCUGCCCCUAAAAAACACAUCGCGCCUAGAGGUACCAGCAGCGCCAGCAGCUAGAGCCCCUCCUGCCGCCAACGGUGCUGGCACCCGCCACUAUUGGCUCCAACACAAUCCUUGCAGCCGCCCAAGCUCAAACUUCAUCCGCCGCCCUACUGCGACGUCGACAUUGACAUCGACAUCAUCGCCGUCGCCGCUCCGACCUUCUCAAACCCGCACCGCGCCGCCGCUGCAGUCUCCCACCUGCAUGCUCGCUACCCGACGCCUCCGCUCCCCCCUCUCCCCGAGCGCCAUGGCAUCGGCGUACAGCGCGUACCAUGGCGCCGCCAACGCCUCCCAGUUCACCAUCACGGCCUUGGGCCGCUGGUCCAGCAUCUCCAAGCAGCUGCCGCCGGUGGACAAGAUCAAGGCUCUGCACGUCUACGACUUUGACAACACCUUGUUCAAGACGCCGCUGCCAAACCCUGCCAUCUGGAACGGCCAGACCCUAGGGACCCUCGCGAGCCAGGACGUCUUCGUCAACGGCGGAUGGUGGCACGACAACAAAAUCCUCGCCGCCACUGGCCAAGGCCUCGAGAUAGAAGAGCCGCGCGCGUGGCAAGGAUGGUGGAACGAAACCGUUGUGGACCUGGUCAGGCUCACCAUAAAGCAGCCCGAUGCGCUGUGCGUCUUGCUGACGGGCCGCUCCGAGAGCGGCUUCGCCGAGCUCGUCAAGAGAAUGGUGGCGGCCAAGGGCCUCGACUUCGACAUCGUCGGCCUGAAGCCGCAGGUCAGCCCCACGAACCAAAAGUUCCAGAGCACCAUGCAUUUCAAGCAGCUGUUUCUGAAUGCGCUCAUGGAGACGUACAAGCACGCGAGCGUCAUCAAGGUCUACGAGGACCGCCCAAAGCACACAAAAGGCUUCCGCGAGUUCUUCGCCGAGUUCAACAGGCGCCAGGGCUAUUCACGCACCCGUGGCGAGAUCGAUUCCGAGGUCAUUCAGGUCGCUGACCAGUCGACGACGUUGGACCCCGUCAUCGAGGUGGCCGAAGUGCAAAACAUGAUCAAUCUCCACAACCAAGCGCUGGCCAAGAAGCCCAAUGACUUGCGACACAAGCGCUUGCGCAUCAAAAAGACUGUCUUCUUCACGAGCUACAUGAUCAACCCUGAAGAUGCCAAGAAACUUGAGGAUGUCGUUCAGUACCCUCCCGGCGUUCAGGACCUGAGGCAUCUCGGGAACAGCAUUCUCAUCUGCCCGCGUCCGUGUCCGGCGAGUAUCCUCGAGAAAGUCGGUGGCAUGGGCAGCAAGAUGUUGUGGGAGGUGACGGGGACUGCGUGUCUCGACAACAGUCUCUGGGCCGCCCGGGUUCGCCCGGUCCCAGCCACCGCUGUCUACCACACUGACAACCCCGUGCCGCUCGUUGUCCUGGCACUCCGAAAGGGCGCGAGACCGAUGGAUGCCGGCCGAAUCACCAAGUGGGACCCGAUUCCGGCCAACAGCUCCUUCGUCUUCGAGAGUACUGUUGGGGAGAAGAUUAUCCUCCGGGUCGAACGUGACGAUCCCAAGGAGGAUGAGUACGAGAGUCUGUUUGCCAACAAGGCCCCGAAGCGCAAGCAUGCCGGCGACGACGACUGGGCUCCGCGCCACACGCACGGCCAAUACGGCGGCCGCAACGAGUCCAGAGGCUAUCACACGGGUCGGGGAGGCGGCCGCGGCAGAGGCGGUGCCCCUAACCGCGGCAAUCGAAACAACCCUAGAGGGGGCGGCAGAGGUGGACGUGGUCGAGGCGGCUUCCACAACUACCGGUCGCUCGACGACGUCGAACCCAAGAACGAUCAAGGCGGCUACGGUCCUCAGGUUGAUUAUGACGAUGCCUACCCACCGCUGAGCAACGUUCCGACGGGUCCGCGCGGCUACGUCGCCGCGCAGCAGGCUGCCGCCUCGGGCGGACAGGCCGGAAAUGCCGCCGAUCUGCAGAAUUACUACUAGGAAGAGUGAUUCUUGGUCGACGCUGCAGGCUCUGACGCCGUUUACUGAUGUACAGCAAAUGCAAAUGCUUGAGGGGAGCGUAUGGCGCUAUGGAGUUGGGAAAGGGGGGAGGGGGCUGCUCUUUUUUUUUUCGGGCUGCUCCAGUGUAUGGGUUUGAACAAUUUGGGGGGCUGCAAUCGAACAUGCGUGGUGCCUUUGAAAGGCGGAUGUAGUGACCUUGCACGGCAGGGACAGCAAAGGACGCGGACAAGGCGCAUCCCGGCAGGGAUAAUGAGUGCAUUCAUUGGGGCAGCCCAGGGCGGCAAAUACGUCUGUGUAGAUACCAUACAAAGUACCAACGUAAACUGCAU